AGGUCCUGGGGCGUCUGAGUGCUGAGGAGGGACUGCCACAUGAUCCGCAUCCCACAUGACACAGAAAGAAACUGGUGGCAGCAGCCAGCCCCGAAAAACGUCAUCUUUUCCUCCGUCAAAGAAGAGGGUAUGAUUGGCACCUGCCCAGAGGUGCCUCCACUUGGGACAACAAGCAGAGAAAGGACGAGACCGGCGCCUCUGGGAUUAUGCUUUGGAGCAGCCUGAGCAAAAGACGUGGCCAUGAUUGCUCACAGCAUGGAUAACAACGGCGGUACUGUUGUUCUCCCUACCUUCCUGCUUCUGCUGCAGAGCGAGAGCUACUCGAACAGCCCCAUCCCCUCUGCUGGCUAUGAGAUGACAGCAUCACCCACAGGACCCAGCUCAAGCAGGAACCGCACUGCCUCGCUGUAUGACCUGCAGCAGGGGGAAAUUACAGCAGCCAGCAUGGUUUUGGGAGCGCUGUGGCUGGUGUCCCUCGUUGGAAACUCCCUCGUUUGCUUAGUGAUCCAUCGGAGCAGGAGGACGCAAUCCACCACCAACUAUUUUGUUGUCUCCAUGGCUUGUGCAGACCUGCUGACUAGUGUCACAAGCGUGCCCUUUGUGCUGCUUCAGUUCACCUAUGGCAGGUGGACACUGGGGAACUCAAUGUGCAAGCUGGUAAGGUACAUCCAGCACAUCACCCCUGGAGUCCAGAUAUAUGUGCUCCUCUCUAUAUGUGUGGACAGAUUCUACACUAUCAUUUACCCCCUGAGCUUCAAAGUGUCCAGGGAGAAAGCCAAGAAAAUGAUUCUGGCCUCUUGGCUCUUUGAGGCUGCAUUUGCAUCACCGGCUUUCCUUUUCUACAGCUCCAACAGUGACGACCACUGCAACUUUUUUCUCCCCAGAUCUUGGGAAGGAGUUACCUAUGGUGUCAUCCGCCUCUUGGUGGUGUUUUUGAUGCCGUCUACCCUCAUUGUCUUCUUCUACCAGAGGGUCAUCAAGUACAUUUGGAGAAUAGGCACUGAUGGCAGGACUGUCAGGAGGACAACGAAUACUGUUCCGAGAGCAAAAGUGAAAACCAUCAAAAUGUUCUUAAUGUUAAACUCAGUCUUUCUCCUCUCCUGGCUCCCUUUCUACAUGGUACAGCUGUGGCACCCACAGGAAAUCAACUACAGAAAAAGCUCCCUGGUUUUCCUGUUCAUCACCUGGAUCUCCUUCAGUUCUUCAGCUGCUAAGCCAACCAUCUACUCCGUGUAUAAUGCAAACUUCAGAAGAGGGAUGAAAGAAACUUUCUGCAUGUCUGCCAUGAAAUGUUACAGAAGCAAUGCAUACACCAUCACCACCAGUUCCAGAAUAGCCAAAAAGAAUCAUGUUGGGAUCGCAGAUAUCCCAGCUCCAGCCAAAACUGUCAUGAAAGACUCCAUCUAUGAUGCUUUUAACAGAGAAGAAAAGGAAAAAAAGGUUGCCUGGCCUAUUCAGUCCAAUCCCCCCAAUACAUUUGUCUAGUUGGCUGCAUUGCUUUGAAGAAACCACUAUGUACCCACAGAACAAGGAGCUUUAUAUCCUUUCUGAAUAUUGAUGUAUAUUUACAUAUUUUUAACACAGAUUUGGGGAAGAAGACAAGAUGUUUUAUUUUAUUAAAUGCCUUGAUUUUGA